GGGGGUGGGGCGAGGCCGUGCGCGCUGAGGUCACACGCAGGCGAGGCGGAAGUGCCUGCAGAUUUUUUGACAAUGGUCCAGUAGCAGACACUGACUCUCGCAGCCACCUGUCCAGAGAUGGCAGUUUCCCCUGGAGCUGUUAUCGUCCCAGACUGGCACAAGUCCCCAGAGGGCAAAGAGUACCUGGCCACCAUCCUGCGGAAAAACAAGCGGAAAUUCUUCGGGCUGAUUGAAAGGCCGGUGCUCCCCCCGCAGAUGGCCGCCGACACUGCCAGCUAUAAGAUUUUUGUCUCUGGGAAAAGCGGCGUGGGUAAAACCGCAAUGGUGGCCAAGCUGGCUGGCCUGGAGGUGCCCAGUGCGCAUCAUGAAACAACAGGGAUCCAGACGACGACGGUAUAUUGGCCGGCCAAGCUGAGGGACAGCGGCAGGGCGCUCAUCUUCCGGUUCCACUUCUGGGACUGCGGAGAAGCAGCUCUGAAGAAAUUUGAUCACAUCCUGCCGGCCUGCAAGGAGAAGGCAGACGGCAUCCUCUUCCUCUUUUCUUUCACCGACCGCUCGUCCUUCGAUGACCUCCCCAGCCAGAUCUCCCGCGUCACGGAGGGAUCCGAAAACCUCGUCAAAAUAGUGAUUGGCUCCAAGUUCGAUCAGUUCAUGCACGCCGACGUCACAGAGCGGGACCUGGCCGAGUUCCGGCGAGCCUGGUGCCUGCCCGUGCUGCGGAUGAAAAGCGUGAACGGGCCCCGGCUGGCCGACGGGCGGACCCUGGACGGCCGCGCUGGGCUGGCGCAUGUGGCGCACGUGCUGAACGGGCUGGCGGAGCACCUCUGGUACCAGGACCAAGUGACGGCCGGCCUCGUCCCAGCACCGCAGCCUGGCACAGAGGAGACAUCCCGGUGCUGAAAAUCAGCUUGCCUAAAACUCCGGGUGCUGCCGGCAGGUGGAGCCAGAGGCCUUUCAAAGGCUGCAGCCAUGUAAGGACUAGCUCUAGCCUCCAGAUCCGGGAGCCCCCUGCCCCCACUGGCGCUGGCAUCACGCAGACGCGCCCUGCUCGGCACUGGCAUCACGCAAACCUGCGGCCAAAUUGAUCGGGGGGGGGCGAUUUCCAGAGGAGCUAAACACCCCCAGCUGACACUGGCGUGACUCGGGCUCAGAGCACCUCAGCCCCAAGCCUGUCUCGCUGGGUACCCCAAAUCCCUGACCCCUCCUGGCUUUAGCUUUGAUCUGAGCCAGUCCAGAAAAGCUCCAGCCUGCAUGCUCCUUCCUGCGUCCCGGUAGCUAACCAGGACGGCGGCAGCAGCCCGGGCAGCCGAGCGCGGGAGCCAUUGGAGGCUGGCACUAGAGGAAGCACUUUGCAGCGUUGUUUGGGGCUGGGGAGUUUUGCGGCCCUGGGGCAGUGAGUGCCAAGGCAACAAGCCCAGCUAGGUGGAUCGUAGCCCACUGUGCAUUCGGACGUGGCAUUGCUGACGUAUCGUUUGGCUGCAGGCACUUCUGAAGCUCCCAUUACCUUAGUACCUGGGCUGGCUAAGGGCUCAGAGGAGCACGUUGCUAGCGCCUGUCUGUGGAUUGAAUUGAAUUUUAUCCUCCGGGGGGAGGACCGCGUGGAGGUUUAGCCUGCGCGGGUUCUGCCUGUGGCAUGGGGGCGUCGGGUUGCAGUCCAGGUCCCGUGUGGGACUUGAAGUGACUCUCUGCCCCCUGCUUGUGCUGAUCACAGGAGAGCUGGUGCCGUGGCCUGCCCACAAGACACUCUGCUUUAGGGGGCAAAAUGGAGCCCUGCCCUCCGUGGAGCUGCGGGUAACUGUCAGGCCCUGAAAACGGAGGUUCACAAAAUUAGUGGCUGGGUUUGACAACAUGGGCCCAUGUGCUAGCCAGGAGCCCAGCUCCCAGCAAAGCCAGGGCUGGUUGUGUUGUCCUGCAGGAAUAUCCCACCCUGUCCCCCAGCAGCACCUCUCCGCCCUGCAACAGGGGGCGCGGGUUGGGUUCCACGAACCAACGAUCGUAUCCUAAAGGCACUUCAGGGGCAGCCGCUCGAGAUCUUUCCUUGUCGCGCU